AUGUCGACAAGGAUUUCCCUCCAUUCGAAAAUAUCCAGAGUACCAUCCAAUCUCAAAUUGCGGCUGACAAAAUCAUCAUUCAAUCCAGAGGAGUUUGAGGGUGCCAUAGUGGUAAUACCUCCAGACGGAGGAUGGGGAUGGUGUAUAGUUUUAGCCGGUUUAGUGUGUUUGUUCUGCGCAGACGGAUCGGCGUACUGCUUCGGGAUAUUUUUGGACGAUAUCAGUAAAGAGUUCAAGUGCAAAGUCACCGAUGUCGCCCUGGUCAGCUCUAUAUCUGGAGGCUUUUAUUAUAUAACUGGUCCAAUAACGUGUGCUGCAGUAAAUAGAUACGGAUUUCGUGUUAUAGGUGUGCUAGGAGGAUUUUUGACGGCCAUAUCAUUUUUUUCAGCCUCUUUUACAAACGACAUCAAACCGUUCCUAGUACUGAUUGGCAUUGGCGCUGGAACUGGUUACAAUUUCAUUUACAGCGCAUCCGUAAUUGCGGUUAGUUUUUAUUUUGAAAGGUGGAGAGCCAUGGCUAUGGCCGCUACGUGUUGCGGAUCUUCUUUAGGGCUAGUUGGUUUUCCUCCAAUAAUGACUCUACUGCUCAAGCAAUACAGCUGGAGGUUAAAAUUUCAAGUUAUAUCGGCGAGUUUUGUAGUUUGCGGUGUACUCAGCUUCCUUUACAGGCCGAUAAAAUCAACUAGAUAUGAAACUGACUCUACCAGAGUGCCUUCCGUGGGCAAAGAGAUAAUUAUAGAGAUCAUCUGA